AUGGGCCUCAACACCAACACCCGCAUGCGCGCAGUGUCCACUGCUGAUGUCCUGCGUCCACAGGACAAAGACAUUUCUAUCCUCGUCAAGACCCUAGACACCGUCGAUCGCAGUUCAUAUGACGCCCUUCAGAAUAGCCUAGACCAGUCGACCUGCCUGCAACAACUACGCCAUUAUCUCAAAGAUGACAGCCAACUGCAUGGUGCCAAUAGUGGCUUUAGAAGAGCCGGUGGCUUCCAGGCUCUGCUGCGUUUGCUUCGCACCCUGGUUGACAUCUUCAGUGCCCAAAAAGACCCUAGUCUCAACGGCAGGUCAUUUUUGCAAACCCUCUCCCAAUGGUUUGUCGUUCUUGGUGCGGCCUUGGAAGGCCACGAAGGAAAUCAAAGAUAUUUCAGAACAAAGGUCGAACAUGGUGGCUGGUCCUCCCUGCAAAAUACACUGGAACAAUUUAUAGCCAUCUCGUGGCCACAGGCAGGGAAGGACCUCGUUCUCGAACGAUUCUUCGGAAUACUCUUCGCUACUGCUACUGGUGUGGAAAUGAUCGAUGAUCUCUAUGUUGCUGCUGAGAAUGCCGCCUCGCGUGAAGAUGCUACUUCCAAAUCUGACGACGGAUUCGCUAUUGCCCACAGUGCACUGAAGAAGUCAAUCGCUAAUGUCGAUGACUUGGAAGUCCCCGAGCUGUUGACAUUAAUCUUGACGUUAUGGUCAUCGGCAGCAAAGGCUGGGAAUCUGCCACGGAGAAUUCUAAGGGUAACUCUACCCACAAGUCUUCAACAAGUUCUCUCUGCCUCUCGACGGAACAUUGUCUCUGCCCAUACUGCAGGUGCUUUUACAGCGGUUAUCAAAUUGAUUUUUGACGAAAGACUUCUUACUGCCGAUCGAGCUGCCUUUAAACAGGUUGCCCUCCUUUUAUGCCAGGAAGGAGUCUCCAGCUUGGAUGAUGCCCAUUACCUCUUCACUCAAGCAAGCAAGUCUUCCGAGGCAGCUUCUUUUCUUUUAGAGGCUCUAACGGUAUCUCGCCAACCCCCGAGUGUCCAGUUUGACUUGUCCCAGCAGGGCUACGCAUCUACAGAGCUUGCAACUCUUGGAAGGCUGUUCCCUCCCCUUGAUACUCCUGGAUACACUCUUAGUCUCUGGGCCCGUUUUGAUUCAUUUGACACUCAGGCCCAUACCACUCUCUUUGGUGCCUUUGACAGGUCUCAGACCUGUUUCAUCUUGGCUUAUCUCGAACGCGAUUCAUGCCACCUCAUUCUCCAGACGGCAGUCCAAGGCAAUCGGCCCAGUGUUAGGUUUAAAUCUGUGGCCUUUCAACCGGAGAAGUGGUAUCAUAUAUGCAUAGUCCACCGACGACCGAAAACUACUUCUUCUUCCAGGGCUUUUUUGUUCGUAGACGGUGAAUUUGUCGAGCAGCAAAAAGCAAACUAUCCAGCACAACCACCAACCGAACGUGACCAAAGCACCGUCAAGAUCCAAGCCUUUUUCGGUACUCCCCAGGACUUGUCUCCUGAUUCCUCAAGAGCAACAUGCCAGUCGAAAUGGUCGCUUGGAUCUGCAGUGCUGUUCCAAGAUGUCAUGAGUGAUGAUUUGGUUUCCGUCUUUUAUCAUCUUGGUCCUAAGUACCACGGGAAUUUUCAAGAUUGUCUAGGCUCAUUUCAGACCUACGAGGCGUCCGCUGCGUUAAACCUACGGAAUGAGAUGCUACAUCCCGGCAAGGAAGACCACUCAGACCUCAUUCUCGCCAUACGACAGAAGGCUAGUAGCCUGAUAAAGGAAGAUAAGAUUCUUAUCAACGUAUCGCCUGCUGCUGUCCUCGAUAAUGAUGAUAGAAAUGCGAUUGACGAGACUCAAUUGGUGAAAUCGCUGUCAAAGUUGGCUGCAAAGAACCUUGUGGCAUACACAAGGUCAGGGUCUAACGCAGUGGCGAUCAAUGGCGCUGUUCCAGCAAUAAACGACGCCCUGAUUCAAGCCAGAGGUGCAUUCAUGCUCAUGGGGGAGCCCACCAUAACAGUCCCUCAAUCCUUGGAUGAUGCCAGUUGGAGGCUUGGAGGCUGUGCUGCCGUUGGUCUGGGCCUAUUGCACCGAGCGCGGACUACAGAUGAUGUUGCUUUGGCGGUUGAAAUCACUUUAGAAACCGUCCGCCAUAGUUGGAGAAACAGCGAGGUCAUGGAACGAGAUAGUGGCUAUGCCAUUUUAGCAAUGCUGUUGAAGGACAAAUUCGCGGCUCCGACACAGGGCAAUGGGGAAGGUGUGAGGACAACAAUCGCAAUACCUACUUCCCGCCUGGAUAGAAGCGGGAUGAUGCUCCGAGCCCUCAAGUCUAUUCUUGCUUUUACCGGCUAUGUUUUUGACGAGCCCUCCAAAUCUGUGAUCAACAACCCACUCGCCUACAAAGUCUUACUAGCAGACAGCAGCAUCUGGAGAUGUGGGCCCCUCAUCACCCAGCAACUGUAUUUCGACCAAUUCCUCGUCUUUGCUGAGCAAAGCGAGCACAGCCAGUUCAAUUUAAAGCGACUCUCCAGGAUGAGAGUGUUGAAGCGAUUAAUGGAAGCUCUGAAGUCUGAACCUGUCUCGAGAGCUAUCAUGCCGAUGUAUAUGGCUGCCUUCAAAGUCCUCUUGCCACAAUCAUUGUCUGCCGAGAAUCUUCGAUCGCUUGCGCUCUUCAUCACCUUCUCUGUGAACAAACGCAAUGCGGGAUUGCAGUUCCGCAAAUCUACACGCAAAGAUGCACGACAGCGUAGUUCAUCCAACGGAUCAUCCCACAGUGGGAAAGACGAACCUUCAACCAGCCUAACUCAUUUUGAAAUCGGCGUCGAGGUCUUGAGAUUGUACUCUGAACUACUGUGCCGGAAAGGCGAUGACAACAUCAUCAAAAAAUUUGCCAAAACCGUCACAAACAAGUGGCUACUUUACCUUCUCUCCGAAACAUCUCCAGAGGUUGUUGUUCUAUCCAUGAGGAUCUUGGCAAGACUUUUGAUUGUACAUGGCGAUGGUUACGUCAAGAAAUUCAAAGACGGCUCAAAAACCUCUGGAUUUACCAUCAUGGCAUAUCGUCUGAAGAGAUGGUGGCACCUGCCCGCCUUGUGGCCUGCGUGUUAUGCAAUCUUGUUUGGCUUAGAUGUUGCCGAUCUGGACUUGGAUAGAGACUUCGACCUAUUCGGCUUCAUAGAUCUCUUCGCUGGACGGAAAGAACUCUCAGUUGUAUAUCCCGAAAUUUUGGAGGCUAUCAAAGGAAUGCUACAAAGUGGUCUGAAGACUAUAGUCUCCUCAAAGAGACAUCAAGCAAGUUCGACCUUGGCUCCACGCCUUGUCGAGCCGGCAAACCAGCCCCCUGAGCGCCUCUCCAUGUCAACAAUGGCGCCACCUGAUCCACUUCUUACAAUAGUCACUGAUCAGCACGUCGAAACUUUCAAUACAGUUGUGAGGUUUAUGGCAGAUUUGCAUACACGCUCGCAAAAAUUCCGUGACUACGCUGCAAAUUCUUCAUACAUUCAAGACUUACUGACAGUACUUUUCCCUGUUGUCGUUGGUUCUGAUGUCGUUGAGGCGAAGACUGAACUUGAUGCACGGGAUUCUAUGCUAACUUUCGAUGGAGGAGAUGUUGUGAUUCAGCCCUUGUCUACAACUCCCCCUAUCGUGCGCAUUACAGAUACCGAGACAAGUGCUCCCAAGAGUCGAGGGAAAACUCUGCGAAGAGGUUCUUCCUUUGUUCUGGUGAGCAGGGAACAAGCACAUCAAAAUGGGAGAGAAUUAGAUGUCCCCUUAUCAAAUGGGUCAACGUCUGCGCUUGGAAAAGUUCCCCCACUCAAUGAAGGGCAUGCCAUCACUCAGAGUUUACUGGAAGUAGUCAUUGCCAUCUUUCUCGAUCAGAUCCUUGCACGAAAAGAAUUUCCUGGGCUUGGUCUUUUCCUCAAAACUCCGCCUGGCUUCGCUGAACACCAGUCAUACUUCGAAACCUGGAUUCUGAGAAACACAAUUUCCCAGUUAUCGAACAACAUCGCCUUGAACCAGAAAAUAUUGGUGGAGCCACGGGUGUUAAUCAAUUUGGCACGCCUCUUCACCCAUUUUGAAGAGGCCCUUUUCGAGGGAUGGUUCAUUGGUGGUGCAGAUCCUGUCCUUGAUCUAGCUGGUUCAAUCCUAGAGUAUUUGCAACGCCCUGACAUUUCCCAGCUGAAACCAGUUCGGCUCUGUGCUCAAACAAUCACCAUCAUUCGAGCGGUUGUUUUCCGCAUUGUGUUACUAAGCUUAUCUUCGAUUCAGGAUGAUGAGUCUUUGAAGUUCCUUGAGAGGCUGACCUACUGGCAAACUGUCCUCCUGUCCUCGGAGGAAACCCAGUCUUCUAAUCUGCAGCAAAUAUGCUAUCUGUUAUACGCACAUCUGGUCUCCUCCGACAAUGCUGUACGUCAAGUGGCUGCUAAUCUUUGGAGGAUCAUCUUGGUACAGAAACCUGACGAAGCGGCCGCAAUAUUUGGGCAAACAGAUACGCCUCAGCAAAAGGACCUAACCUCGAGUUUCGAGAAAGUGGUCGAACUGGAUAAUGAAACCUUUUUGCACUGGGUCGAUGAGCACCGCGACGACCUUGAUGCUCUUUUCUUUCAGACACUUUCAAAGCAGUGGAACGCCUUCGUGACCACGGAGAACAAGCGCACCGAGGAUAACGGCCGACUACGAAUUUCUCGUCGUCGGGAAAAAGUGAAGCAGUGGGCGCGUGAAGAAGCUGACCACGAUGAUCUCAUCCGUCGACAUGAAUUAGCGUUCGAAAAUUGGACAGCAAAUAUAUAUUCAUCGGAAUACUUAAAGCACCAGCGACUCCUUCAAGACCAACAAGACGACCUACAAUACACAGAAACCAGUUUCAACCGGAUGCAGAGAGACACCACCAGGCAAGCAGGUCUUUUCAGUACGGAUAAAGCUCACAAAUGGCGUCUUGACCAGACUGAAGGCCGAAAUCGCAUGCGUAUGAGAUUGCAUGAAGAUUUCUCGAAAGCAGAAGACGAUCAACCCAGGCGCAAAGGUUCUGACAUGCCACAGUUGAGAUUGGACACGAAGAACACCAAGAUAUCGGCUCCUGAUUCUAUCGGAGUUACUCCCGGUGGUGUUACACCUGUCUUUGACACACCGAAGAAAGAUGACGGGACAGAACCGUUUCCUCAGAUCGAAGAGGGUAAAGACAAGCCAGAAGAAGACAAUGAGGUCACAGAAGGCGAAGAUAGCUUUGAGCUCGUGGAAGAUCCCAACGUCGAAAUUGAUGAUUUUGAAGACAAGAAUAGAAAAGUCAUGCGAAGCCUUCAUCGUGGAGAUCAGGUAAAACAUGUGGCCAACAUAUCUCGAAUUCUGGGCCUCGAAGCGGUUGAAGGAUUGCUCAUUCUUGGGAAGGACCACAUCUAUCUCAUUGAUAAUUUUUUCCAACGCGCGGACGGAGAGAUUGUCAAUGUCUGGCAAGCGCCGCUAGAAGAACGUGACCCGUACGUGCGCAUGCUUUCUGGUCGUGAUGUUACCGAGCGCAAGCAUAUUUCGAGGAACGACGAGCAUGGCAGCCGUAGCUGGAAGUGGUCCGAAAUCAUCAGCGUGUCCAAACGUCGGUUCCUCUUCCGCGAUGUGGCCACUGAAAUAUUCUUCAGUGAUGGACGCAGCUAUCUCCUAACAGUAAAGUCAACACAACUUCGAAAUGAGUUGCACAAUCUGAUCAGCAAUAAAGCAUCCGCUCCGCCGGCGUCGGCUGGCUCAUCAACGGAAACUGCUUGGCGCUACGAGACUCUGCGCAGUGUUGAUGAUGAGCCGCAAACGCUGAGCUCGAGGUUUGCAAAUGUCUUCAAUCAACAAUCUGGCACGUUGGCUGCAACACGAAAGUGGCAAAGGGGGGAGAUGUCCAAUUUCCACUAUCUCAUGUUGAUCAACACAAUGGCUGGAAGGACGUACAACGAUCUGACCCAAUAUCCAGUUUUCCCUUGGGUCAUAGCCGACUAUACCAGUGAAGAACUCGACCUGACAGACCCAAGGACAUUCCGUGACUUAUCCAAGCCAAUGGGAUGUCAGACACCCGAGCGAGAACGAGAGUUUCGAGAACGGUAUCAGACUUUUGCGGAAAUGGGCGACAGUAGCACACCAGCCUUUCAUUACGGCACUCAUUAUUCCUCUGCGAUGAUUGUCACCUCCUAUCUCAUUCGCCUACAGCCAUUCGUGAAGUCAUAUCUAUUGUUACAGGGCGGCACCUUUGAUCAUCCAGAUCGCAUGUUUUUCUCCAUCGAGGGCGCGUGGAAGUCAGCGUCACGGAUCAACAUGACGGACGUACGUGAGCUCACUCCAGAGUUCUACUACCUUCCCGAAUUUCUUGUCAAUCUCAAUGAGUUCGAUUUUGGUACGAGACAGAAUUCGGACAAGUCGAUCGGUAACGUAGAGCUACCACCAUGGGCCAAAGGCGAUCCUCGAAUAUUCAUUGCCAAGCAGCGUGAAGCGCUGGAGAGCCCUCAUGUCAGCCGCAACCUCCACAAAUGGAUUGAUCUGAUAUUUGGCAGCAAGCAGAAGGGAGAGUCUGCUGUGGAAGCUGUUAACGUGUUUCAUUACCUCUCAUAUCAAGGAGCCAAAGACCUGGACACCAUUACAGAUUCUGUGGAACGACUCGCCACCAUUGGUAUCAUUCACAAUUUUGGGCAGACACCAUAUCAGGUAUUUGGGAGGGGGCAUCCGGCGAGAGAACAAAUCAGGCACAAGUACAAGCGAUUGGAUACUGCCGCCGAGUCACUGACCCGGGUACCGUCGACUCUCGUCGAAACCGAGGAGCGGGUUGCCUCGUUGAGUUACUCGUGGAAAUCGGAUAAGCUUUUGUGCUCUGGAGCCUUCCGAAUCAACAUUCCACCCAACUAUGAUACUUAUAUGGAAUGGGGGUUCUCGGACAAUAGCGUUCGAUUUUAUUCGGCAGAAAGCAGGAAACAAAUUGGCUUGUUCGAACACCUGCACAUAGGACAGCUCUCGUGCGCCAUGUUCACGGACUCGAAGACUUUAGUGACGGCCGGGACUGACUGUACAGUGGCAGUGUGGUCGGUUCUCGAGCAUGGAAAAUCCGUCGAAUUGCACCCUCGAGCAACGCUCUUUGGGCAUCGGAAACCAGUGGGCGUGCUCGCACUAUCGAGGUCUUUCAACGCUCUGCUCUCAGCGUCGUCCGAUGGCCAGAUCAUGCUCUGGGACCUUAACCGAUGCGAAUUCGUGCGCAAACUCGACGAGGAAUUGCAGGUCAGCUGUGCGGCAAUCAACGACGUGACGGGCAAUAUCGUCCUCUGCCAUGGACAUGAAAUCAGCAUGUACAGCUUGAAUGGCGACCUGCUCCUACGACAGGACUCUGGAGAUCGGUCGCAGGAGAGCGUUGUGUCGUGUGCGUGCUACGAAGGGGCGGGCAAUGAGUGGCUUGAGAGAGACCUUAUCUUCACCGGGCAUAAACGUGGCCAGGUGCGAGUAUGGAGCCGCGUAGCUCGCGAAGGGAAGUUUGAAUUGGAACUCAUUCGGCAGCUCAACCAUGCGGAUAGUACCCGCGAUGAUGGGGCGAAUGUCGUUGCGGGCAUUAGUUGCAUUCUCCCAAUGCCACAGGUGGUAUAUACUGGGGAUGAAGAUGGUCGGGUGACCAGAAUUGCAGAUGUCUUCCCGUCAACGUACAGGAGUGACGCUUCCAAACAAGAAACUACCGUCACCAAGGUAGAAGGGGAAGUUCAAUUACCCAACAACUCCUCGCGCGUCGGACGGGAAGAUACUCGAUUCUCCCAGGAGCAAGUCGAUAUCACCUACAAGGAUAACCGUCCACGCCGCGAACAAGACGUCCACAUCUAUCAAGAGCGUGAUCGUUAUCCCGAGGUAGAGCUUUCUCGUGAGAAAUAUCGUACUGCCCCAGAACAGUACAAGUCCACCAACGUUGAUAUCGAAAUCGACCGUCGAGGCUCAGAAGAACAUAUCGACGUUGACUACCAGCGUCGUCAAACCCAAGACAGGACCUACGACCGAUCCUACGAAUCUCAAAUCGACAUCACUGAAAGAGACUAUCGCCGCCGUCUCCAGCCAACCUACGACGUAGAGUACGAACGUCGCAGACCAGUUCAAGAGAACAUCACCGUUGAGAAGACACAAGUUCAACUCGAAAAGCCAAAAAGAGACAUGGGUUACUACGACGACGACGGACAAUACCACAGCUUCCGCCGAGGAGUGGAACGUGCUGCCGACAAGAUUAUGCACCCUUUCUCCCAUCACCAUCAUCACCAUGGCGGAGAUCGAAACGAAGAGACCAUCAUCAGCGAACAACGUAUAACUGGUCCUACCAGUGGCGGUCCUGUCGCAUCAACUCGUUACGUUGAGCCCCGCUUCAGCGGCCGUGGUGGCGUCCCCAUUCAAUGUCACUUCAUCCGCAUUGGUGACAUUCUCCUUCUGCAAGGUCGACCAUCUCAGGUCAUCCGCAUCACAGUCUCAUCCCAGACUGGUCAGUACAGAUAUCUCGGUGUAGACCUCUUCACCCGUCAAUUACAUGAAGAGACCUCGUUCGUCAGCAACCCACAGCCAUCAGUCGUGGUACAGACCAUGCUCGGCCCCGUCUUCAAGCAAUACCGUGUUUUGGACAUCCGUGAUGAUGGACAGAUUGUAGCAAUGACGGAAACCGGUGAUGUCAAGCAAGGUAUCCCCGUGGUUGACCAGGGAAACCUGUUGGAGAAGAUUGAGCGUGCAUAUAACCAAGGACACGGAAGUGUCAGAGUAUUGGUGAUCAAUGAGGGUGGACGAGAGUUGAUCGUUGACUUGAAGAUGAUUCACGGCUCAAGAUUGUAG